AUGAAUUUUUAUAAAUUAUUAUCAAACAAUUGUGUUAGAUCAUUAACGAAAUCAAUUAAUAAUAAACCAAUAAUAAAUCCAAAAUUUAUUACAAGCAAUACUUUUAUUAAAAGAUCAUAUUUUACAAAAUCACCAAAUAAUUUAUAUUCAAAUAACUAUGAUAAUUAUGAAACUAUAAAUAAACAACAACAACAUCAACAUCAACAUCAACAACUUGAAUUUCCAGAACAAAGAAAUAAUAAUAGUAAUAAUAAAAAAGAAGAAAUUACAGCAGAAUCAUUUGAAUCAAAACCAUUAAUUGUUGAAUUAGAUAGUAAAAACUUUAGUGAAGUUAUAAAAUCAAAAGUACCAAUAAUUUUAAAUGUAUAUGUUAAUCAUGGUACAGUGUCACCUGCAUUAACUGAAGCAUUAAAAGCAUAUGCUCAAGAAUAUCCUGGUUGUUUUUUAUUAGCAAAUUUAGAUGUUGAUAAGAAUUUAGAAAUAGCAAACGCAUUGAAAGUUGAACAAUUACCAACUUUAUUUACAUUAAAUAAAGGUCAAGUGCUUCAACAAUUUGUUGGAUUGCCAGAUCAUGAAACAUUGGAUAAAUUGGUUAAUGGAUUAUUGAAAUUAUCAGGUGGAUUAAUUGGUAAUAAAUCAAUUGAACAAUUACAAACCAUUGCUGAAUUAUUCAUAAAAUCAAAUGAAAUCGAAAAGGCUAUUGAAAUCUAUGAGAAUCUAUUAUCAAAUGAUACAACUCAAUUACUUAGAACUCUACUAGGCUUCAUUCAAUGUUACACAAAUUUGAAUGAACCUGAUCAAGUUGAAAAAUAUUUAUCAAUUAUUAAAGAGAAAUUCCCAAAUGAAUUAGAUCAUAAAAUUAUUCAAUCAUCUAAAAGAAUUUUACAAUUAAAGAAACAAGUCUCUCAAACUGUUGAUAGUCUAUAUAAAACUCAUAAUCUUACUUUAGAACAAAUCGAAGAUAAAUUAAAUAAUGAUCCAACAAAUUUAGAUUUAAAAUAUGAUUUAUCCUUAUUAUAUUAUCAAAUUGGUGAAUAUGAAAAAUCAAUUAAUCAAUUAUUAGAGAUUUUAAAAAUUAAUAAAAAAUUUACACCAAAAAAUGAUGAUCAAUCAAAUACAGAUUCUGCUAAAAAUUUAAUUGUUAAAAUAUUUGAAUCUUUAGAUUCACAAGAUCCAUUAGUUAUAAAAUCAAGAAAACAAUUAAAUAAUAUUUGGUUCUCUUAA